AUGGCGAACUGUGGCCAGGGCCAGAAAGUGCAGAAGGUAAUGGUGCAGCCCAUCUCCAAAUACUUGCAAAACAGAUUUCGGAUCCAGGUGUGGCUUUAUAAGCAAGUGAAUAUGCAGGCAAAUGGCUGUAUCAUUAGUUUUGAUGAGUACAUGAACCUCGUAUUGGAUGAUGCAAAAGAGAAUCAUUCUAAAACAAAGUCAAGAAAACAACUAGGUCAGAUCAUGCUAAAAUGA